AUGCAACUGUUCCUUCUACUCCUUCUGGGAGCCUUGGGCUAUUCGUUGGCCUAUCAGCGCAGCUACAGUUACGAGUAUCCCCGCAGAAGGGCCUACUCAACCUCGUACUCCGGCAACUCGUACAGCUCCCUAAGCGGUCGGAAGGCCAAGGAGGAGAGCACCACCAACAAAUCGGACAAGGAGAAUGCCAAGUUCGCAGGGGCCUCGAAUCAGGAGCUGGACGAAGUGGGUGAUGAACGCACCCUGCUGCUGAAAAAGAAACUCAAGAGGUUGGCGAGGCCCUACCUGGGAGGAUAUGGCGGAUACGGCGGAUACGGAGGAUAUGGUGGAUAUGGGGGUUAUGGCGGAUACGGCGGUGGUCCCUGCUCUCCAUUCGGACGCGAUGCCAAGGGCGGGCAGAAGGAUCCCGAUGAGCAGGGUCGCUUUCUGUUCGACGUGAAUGUGGUGAAAGUCUAUCCGGGCGGUUGUCGCGGCUAUGGAGGAGGAGGUGGGCUCGGGGGAUUUGGUGGCCCCGGCGGGGGCCUCCUGUCAGAUCCCCUGCCACCUAUUCAACCCAUUCCAGUGCCAGUGCGACCCUAUGCCCCCUUUGCCACCUGGCUGUCGCUCUUUGCCCCGGGAAUUUUGAACUCUGCCACAGUGCCAGGGGUACCAAUAAGAGAUCCCCUCCGGGAUCCCAUUCGCCCCGCUGGGGAUGCGCUGAGCGAUCCUGAAGUGGAUCCCAACUAUGCGGCUCCACCUCCAGUGCGGCGACCCGUUCCGAAUCGUGUGUAUUACGAUUCUGCCGGAGCGCCUCCUGUGACCCCUGCUCAAUUAGUUGGAGGCGUGGCCACCACGGUAAACGGAAUCAUUCAGCAGUUGACUGGUCAAGUGCAGCCAGUUUACCAAACGGGAGGCUAUCGGUCCAGGGAUCAGCGGAGCAGCUAUGGAUAG